CCCACCCAAUCUUGUAGGAAGGAUCUUUUGUGUUGCUUGCUCCACAGAAAUAUUGAUUUCACUUUCCUCCUCUCACAGUUUCCUUCCCCUCCCAAAUUCACAGAAAUUGUAACUUACGUCUACUUAUUGUAUGAAGAACAAUAAUUGAUGCUGAUUAUUUACUACGUAAUUUGCAAUCCAAGAUAAUAAAAUCUACAAACUCCUCUCCUUCCUUCAUAAUCACAUCUUAAUUAUAGUAAUUCAUUCAUGAUGGAGAAUCGGGUUCCUCGCACCGGUGAUCUCGAGCGAUUUAGUAAUUAGUAGAUUUAGUAAUUAGUACACUGCAACACAGUCUGCAAGUUGCAUGGUCCCCAACUGCAACAUGCAGAGAAAGCUGGUGGUGGUGAAGGUUUUAAUGCUUAUAGCUAUACGAUGCUGACUCACUUCUCUCUAUUUAUUCCCUUGUUGGAUCUGCUUUCUCCCUUACAUUUCCUUCUUCAUCAGAAGAUUCCCAACCUGCAAACAUUUCUCUUCUUGUGCUUCUCAGUUCUCCCCCUCUCUACUUUUAUCUCAAAUUGGUAUACAUAGCUAGAUGGGUGGUGGUGCUGGUGUUAAAGAUUAUCGCUUGAUACUUCAAGCUCUCGUCAUCGUUGCAGCUUCUUCAGUCGGUCUGACGUCAGGUCGAGGGUGGUACCAUAGACAUGUUGGAGGAGGAGGAGCUGGUCCUUGGAUCAACGCUCACGCCACUUUCUACGGCGGCGGCGAUGCUUCCGGCACAAUGGGGGGAGCGUGUGGGUACGGGAACUUGUACAGCCAAGGGUACGGAGUGAACACGGCGGCUCUAAGCACGGCGCUGUUCGACAACGGGCUGAGCUGCGGGGCUUGCUACCAGAUCAUGUGCGCCAACGACCCGCAGUGGUGCCUCCCUGGCUCCGUCGUGGUCACCGCCACCAACUUCUGCCCGCCGGGAGGGUGGUGCGACCCUCCCAACCACCACUUCGAUCUCUCCCAGCCCAUCUUCCAGCACAUCGCCCAGUACCGCGCCGGCGUCGUCCCUGUCAUGUACAGGAGGGUGAGGUGCAGGAGAAGAGGCGGGAUAAGGUUCACGGUCAACGGCCACUCCUACUUCAACCUGGUCCUCGUGACCAACGUCGGAGGAGCCGGCGACGUCCACUCCGUCGCGAUCAAGGGCUCCAGAACAGGGUGGCAGCAGAUGUCCAGAAACUGGGGACAGAACUGGCAGAGCAAUUCCUACCUCAACGGACAAAGCCUCUCCUUCCUCGUCACCACCAGCGACGGUCGAGCUCUGGCGUCGUACAACGUUGCCCCUCCCAGUUGGUCCUUUGGCCAGACAUAUACCGGCCGACAGUUCAGGUAUUAAUUAAUCACCGUUGUUCGCAGUGGUUAAUUAUACCAUAAAACAAUAUUAUAAAAUAUUCUAGUAUAUUCGGGAGAUCGUUAUCGUGAUGGAAACUCGCUCACAUGCUCGACAUUAAUUUGGUAGUUACGAGUAUAAUUGAAGAAGUGAAGAGUGGUGGGGAUAAUUGAUCGAUGUAUUAGGCCUAGGAGACAAACUUGAAAGCGAUUAGUUAAUGUUGUUGUUGGUCUCUGGGGCCAUCAUCAUUCAUCAGCUUGCCAUGCAAGGCUGGGUUUUUUUUUUACUCAUUACUUUUUUCAUGAGGGUGUGACAUGUGGUGGAGAAUUGAACUCUGGUUCUCCAAGUUUGGGGCAAUGUAUGAUUAUGUAUUGUACACAAAGUUCCAUAAUAUUGGAACGAUAAAAAGAAAGAAGGGAACGAUUGGAAAAGAACUAUUCUACUCAUAAUGAAAUUCGACGAGAUUAUGAGAUUCGUAUGUUUACGAUUUUUUUUUCCCAAUGAGUUUUCGUAUUCGGAAUGCUCACACUAAAAAAUUACUACGUGUUAGUUUGACUACAUAAUGUAUGAUAAAUUUGUUCGGACUUAAAAGAUCAUAUGUUGGCUUUCAUACAAAUGAAUCAUAUCAAGUCGUUAUUCAGGACAUUUUGGGGGACUAGCUUGUCACAUGGUGGAAGGCACUCCAAAUCAGAUAGCUACAUGUCAUGUGUGACUGUGAAAGUGACCAGAUUUUUGGAGCAACACCUUACUAUCCUCCUUUUAAAUGAAACAUGUGCAUGGCAAAGAUAUUUUUUUUUUGUUUCUGAACUUCUUUUACAGCCUCGACCGACAAUCUAUGAUAUCCAAUGUGAAUUCCGUCGGAGAAUUAGGGGUGGGCCGGAGGUGUAAUUAUAUUGAAUUGAAUUUACUUGCAUCUGUUAAACGGUAAAGCUAAUCGCUAUAAUUGAAUUUCGCACAAAAAAAUGGUUUUGUGUGAUUUUAUCGCGAAAAUCACACCGCAAAAGCUGAGCUCGAAAUUUUUUGAAAAAAUAAUAUACCAGUGGAUGGUUGGUGGGAUACAUUUGCUCUACAUCAACCUACCUGCUUCUAAUGAAACCAUAACGACACAAGUGCUCGUCUGAUUAAAUUCUUUCAACAUUUGAAAAAAUAGCAACAAACUAUUUAAAGGUGAAUGUCAUAAUCUACAAUGGACAUAGAAUUCACGGUUUUCCAUUGUUCUCAAUUAGCGAUUCAAGGUUUUCCGUUGUUAUCAAAUUGAAAAGGUUGUAUAGAAUUGAUACUCAGUUAACAUAACAUAAUUUUGUUAUUUUUGUAAUCUACUGAUUCAUAAUUCAGCAUUAUUUCGAUCGUGUCGCGAGCUGUGAUAUGCGUGGCAUAUUAGCGUCCCAGCAGGCAGCAGCUGUGAUAAUGGAACGGACCUGCUCCAAGUUAAUCUACAGGUGGGCUAUUAGCUAUAUUCUGGCCCAGUUAAUUUAAGAUGGUUCACUUAAUGAAACAAUACGGAGCCCAGUUUGGUCUCAAGCCCUUAUAAGUAUAACCUGGUCUGAGCCCAUCAAUGGAUUGGAUCAAUGCCAUGCAUCUUUUUCACAGAACACGUUCCAUUCAUUUUGCACCCAGUUUUCCAUCAUUUUAAUUUCAUUUCGAUCAAUGCUUUCUCUUCGUUCUACUACGAAGAUUUCCAAUACAAAAUAAACCUGAAGAAUCCAAAUUCCAUGUUAUUCUUUCGGCGAUGGAAGGGACACUUUGGAUUUUGGAUUGUUCGGGUUUAUAUGGAUAAACAAUGAGGAACAAU